AUGGCUUCAGCAUCCCGCUCAACGGGGAAACGUCUUCCUAUCAGCUGUCAGGCAUGCCGAACGAGAAAGAUUCGAUGUUCCCGUGACGGACGGCCAUGUCAAACCUGUGUCCGCCGAGGACUAGGCGCCGAGGACUGCAUUUAUCUCGGUCAGCCCCGUCUGUCAGGCGAGCAGACCUCGUCAGGAGACGUGAGACACAAUGAGCUCCUAGCACGGAUCCGCAAUCUCGAAGGUCUAUUGCAGAAGCAGGUGGGCUCGCAAGCCGGCUCGCCUGCUGGUGCAGUCUCCCCAUUAGGUGCGCUCAGCGCCACGGGUAGCUUCUCCGAUUCCGAAAUGGGGCCUGGUUUCGACAAUUGGGAUUCAAGUACUUCAAUGCUGGGAAGUGUGGGUACCCUUCACACCUCGCCGUCGGGAUAUGUCCGCUAUGUUCCACUACAAUCUCAGUGGGAAUCGGUAGUGGCCAAAGGACCCGCUGCGGAGUGUCUACGCAAUUUCGAUUCGGAUGCCGCUGAGGACGACGAUGAUCUACAGAUUCCGCUGGCUCGAAACGGAAGUGUUUCCCGUGCUGAACUGCUGUCAAUCCUGCCCCCUGGCCAGUAUUGUGAUAAUCUCAGAGAUGUAUACUUGCGGGUUUUCUCCCCUGUGUUUCAUAUUCUCCAUGACUUGACUUUCGAGGCCGAAUAUCAGCAGUUUUGCCAUGACCCUAGCAGCGUGUCUCUCGCAUGGCUAGCUUUGUUAUUUGCCAUUCUAGCCAUUGCAGUUAGUGCGCUAGACGACGACGAUCCUUUGCUCUCUGAUCUCGGACGAGAGAGAACCGUCAGCCGGAACAUUAAGGUGUUGUCUGCUCGUUACAGGUCUGCUGCGUUGCGGUGUUUAGCAGCCGACGGGGUUAUGUCCCGGUACUCGAUCAACUCACUCCAGGCUCUAGUUCUCGUUAACUACGCGCGGAUUCAUCGUGGUCUUCCCAUUUGGACUAUGCUAGGUUUUACACAUCAUGUCGCCAUAUCAAUGGGGUGCCAUCUCGAUCCAGAGAGAUUCCCACUUGGUGCUAUUGAGCGCGAAGAGCGACGGCGUGUUUGGGCGGGAUUGAUGAUGCUUUACACUAUUCAGAACACGUCGUUUGGCAGUCUCAAUCAGCAAAUCCUCUCUCAGGACGUGAAAUUGCCUGCCGAUAUCGACGAUGUCGAUCUUUUGACGGGUCCAACUACGUCCGUUACCUCCGACCUAACGUCCUCACCAACCCGCCCAACACAAAUGACCUACCUCCUGAUGACCUUCCGUCUAUACAAGACAUCUGCCAAGAUAUGUGAAACAAUAUUCAACCAUCCUCAUGUCGCUCGAUUUACCCCCUCACAACUCGAAGCCGAGGUCCUGGCUGUGCGGGAGAUGUGUGAUACUCGCUACCAGCUCGAUACCGCCAACGAGUCUCUCCCCAUCCAUCACCAGGCCAAUCUCAACAUCCUUUACAGCCACACCCACCAGCUCUUUCUGCUUCUCUUCCGCCCCGCCCUAUGUCGAUACCAGCAGGGCGAGAUAACACCCGAGACCUGCACUGCACGAGCCAAGUGCAUCGCCUCCGCCAAAGCCUCUCUCCAAAUAUUCAAGACCCUCUUCGCGUCUCCCCAAUUCGCCCCCUACAAAUGGUACACUGGCGGUCUAGGUAGCUUCCACGCAUUCCACGCUGCAGUAGUUCUAGCGGCUGCACUUCUCAGCCCGGAGAGUACAACCGAAUAUGACGAGAUCAGGGAGCUUCUCGGUAGUGCCCUCGAGAUGUUUGCCUCUCUGUCUGUUCGCAGUAUUUUUUGCAGCAAAGCAGUUCCGGUCAUUCGACAUAUCCUUGACGUCGCAAAUAACUAUUACCAAACACAUCCACCCCUCUUAUCCCAUGCCCGGGUGCACACACUCAACACGUCUGUGGCCUCUACCAUGCCUUCAAACAUGACCCCCAAUCAGACAACUCAACAUCCUCCUUCCAUCAGCAUCCCAGACGGCUACAUUCUCUCUCAACCUCAAUCGCAGUCUCAAUCCCCGAUUACUGUCGCAUCAUCAGCGAGCGACCCAACCAUGCAGUCCACUCCGGGUACACACCUCCACCAGCAGAACUGGUUAGGUCCCACAUCCGUCCCCUGGGAUACGCUUAGUUCGAGCAUCAGUCAAUUUGGAUUCGAUGCUUCCGUCUGGGAAGAAAUGCAUUCGCCGUGA